AUGACUGCCAACAUCGGAUCAAGCAACACCGUCGAGUCCUCGACUAGCGACCUGUCUCGUUGCGGCGGCAACAAGCCGCUCACCAAGGCCUCUGAGCACCGNUUCUUGAACUUCAUCACCUCCAAACUCCCAACACUCAACCUUAUCACAAUGACUGCCAACAUCGGAUCAAGCAACACCGUCGAGUCCUCGACUAGCGACCUGUCUCGUUGCGGCGGCAACAAGCCGCUCACCAAAGCAUCUGAGCACCGACGAAUCACCAAGCCAAUCAUGGAAAAGAAACGUCGUGCUCGCAUCAACAACAGCCUCAACGAGCUGAAGGUUCUAAUUCUGGACGCCCUGAACAAGGACCCCAGCCGCCACUCGAAGCUGGAGAAGGCGGACAUCCUCGAGAUGACCGUCCGUCACCUGCAGAAGCUCCAGCGUCAACAGGUGGCCGCCAGCAUCGUCAACGACGGCGCCGUCCUCAACAAGUACCGCGCCGGCUUCAGCGAGUGCGCCACCGAG